AUGGAGCCAAAAACUUUCUUCCGUUUGAUUUUUCUCAUAGUCACCGCCGGGUUCAUCAUCUCUUUCACUUCCACUAACUUCCCCCACGCGCCGUCGUCUACCACAGGGCUUCUGGACUGCACCGACUCUUCCUCUUCACCUCUUUGUGCAUCAAGAAACUUCCUCUUCAACAAACAAAAACCAUCAUUUUCUAAAAAAGAUCCUAAACCAAAACCUAAGAACCAUGACCACUUGUCCGACACACCAACCCACCCUCUGGACCCACUCACUGUCAUGGAGUUUAACAAAGUCCGAUCUCUCCUCUCAUCUCACGCGCUCUUCUCCUCAGGCGCACCACACGCGUUCCACUCCAUCGUUCUUGAAGAGCCGGAGAAGAACCUCGUUAGAGCAUGGGAAAAAGGAAACCCACUUCCUCCGAGAAAAGCUUCCGUCAUCGCACGCGUUGGCUCCGACACGCACAUGCUAACCGUUGACCUUUCUUCUGGUCGGGUCGACAUAGUGGAUAGUCCGGUUCGUGUUUCCGGUUACCCGCUGAUGACUCUAGAAGAGAUGAACGAAGUGACGUUUGCACCGUUUCAAAGCGCUGAUGUCAACCGUACGAUUGUUUCUCGUGGAGUUGACCUGACGGAUGUGUGUUGCUUCCCAAUAUCAAGUGGCUGGUACGGUAAAAAAGAAGAAAAUAAAAGGGUUAUUAAAAGUCAGUGUUUCUCAAGCCAAGGUACAGCUAACUUCUACAUGCGACCCAUCGAAGGUUUAACUAUUCUUCUCGAUUUAGACACAAAGCAAGUGAUCGAGAUUGUUGAUACCGGUCCGACUAUUCCCAUACCCGGUUCAACUAAUACCGAAUACCGCUUCAAAAACCUAGGUACCCCCGACAAAACACGAGGUCUUAACCCGAUCUCGAUCGAACAGCCACGUGGUCCAAGCUUCGUCAUAGAAGACAACCAUCUAGUGAAGUGGGCAAACUGGGAAUUUCAUCUAAAGCCUGACCCGAGAGCAGGUGUGGUAUUAUCACAAGUUAGAGUACACGAUCCUGAUACGCAAGAGACACGUGAAGUGAUGUACCAAGGGUUCGUGUCCGAGCUUUUUGUUCCGUACAUGGAUCCAUCGGACGCGUGGUACUUUAAGACUUACAUGGACGCAGGUGAAUACGGGUUCGGUUUAACAGCCAUGCCACUUGUACCGCUUAAUGAUUGUCCACGAAACGCGGCGUAUAUGGACGCAGUUUUCACGGCGGCUGAUGGGACGCCGUUUGUGAGAGAGAAUAUGGUUUGUAUUUUUGAGCGUUACGCCGGAGAUAUUGGGUGGCGUCACUCGGAAAGCCCCAUCAGUGGUUUACCGAUAAAGGAAGUGAGACCAAAGGUGACGUUAGUGGUACGAAUGGCAGCUUCGGUAGGUAACUAUGAUUACAUCAUUGAUUAUGAGUUCCAAACUGAUGGCCUAAUCAAAGCUAAGGUUGGGCUUAGUGGAAUUCUAAUGGUGAAAGGGACAUCAUAUCAAAACAAAAACCAAGUGCAUAAAGAAAAAGACGGUAAUGAAGAAGAGCUUCACGGCACGCUUCUGUCUGAAAACAUAAUAGGAGUAAUUCAUGAUCACUAUGUCACUUUCUACCUAGACCUUGACGUUGAUGGCCCGGACAAUUCAUUUCUUAAAGUGAAUCUCAAGAGGCAGAUGACUGAGCCAGGUGAGUCUCCAAGAACGAGUUACAUAAAAGCGGUUAAAAACAUCGUAAAAACCGAAAAGGACGCUCAGAUCAAGCUUAGUUUGUACGAUCCAUCCGAAUUCCACGUUGUCAACUCUGCUAAAACCACCCGGGUUGGUAACCCCACUGGUUACAAGAUCGUCCCUAGAGCCACGGCUGCUAGUUUGCUUGACCAUGAUGAUCCUCCGCAAAAGCGAGGAGCUUUUACCAAUAAUCAAAUUUGGGUGACUCCGUAUAAUAAGUCCGAGAAAUGGGCUGGCGGUUUGUUCACUUACCAAAGCCAUGGAGAUGAUACUCUGGCAGUUUGGUCAGACAGGGAUAGAGACAUAGAGAACAAGGAUAUAGUUGUGUGGUACACACUUGGCUUCCAUCACGUUCCAUGUCAAGAAGACUUUCCAAUAAUGCCUACAGUUUCUUCGAGUUUUGAUUUGAAACCUGCAAAUUUCUUCGAGCGUAAUCCAAUCCUUAGGGCCGCUCCAAACUUCGAACAUGAUCUCCCGGUUUGUGAAGCUAAAUCUGUAUCUGCUUGAAAUGAGUGAAUUACGAAAUAAACUUAUAGAUGUUCCUUCUCGUUUCUCAUGGUGCUUUAAUUAGUCGAAACAAUGUCUGUUACGAGAUGUAAACUGGUAACCGGAUGUUUGUAUGUAUGUAUCAUGUAUGUAUGUAUAUGAAAAUGUAUAUGUGUGUGUGACCUUUUAUUAUUAUGAAGAUUUUAAUAAUUUUCAUAUG